CGAUGAAGCUUGGACUCCGUAUCGAGAACUCAUGACUCUGGUCGGGUCAUCCGAGGGUGUGGCAAAUGCCAUGAUGGCUGUGGCAGCACUUCAUGCUAUGCAUGGUUCAAUUGGCUCACCCAUCAUGCUAGCUCAUGCUGUACAGGCAAAGAACGUCCAAAUCAACGAUCAAGAACUCAGUCCAUUCCAGUCACAACUACUACAUCAUUGUAUAACUAAUAAACAGAAAGCUCUGGAGUUUCUUUCGAUGGCGUUACAAGACCCUGACCAGAAAAACAAGUUCCAGACUUUUGGAAUUGCUAUUACUCUCGCUCUGUUGGAAUGCUUUGAGACAGGUGCGGGAUCGUGGGCUAUUCACCUAGAAGGUGCAAAGAAAAUGCUCGAAGCUGGCAUCCAGAACAGUUCUACUCUGGAAGGUCUUGUGGAUGAGUUGAUGUUAUUUGAGAUAUUCGGUUCUACAUUCGUACCACCUGGCAUCAUAUCUACGUCAGUCACGACGCGAACACUCUUGACAACAGCACCUGAAUCACGUCUAGUAUUCGGUAACGGUUUUGUUUGCCCUGUAGCAAUACUGCAAUUAAUUACUUCGGCGACGGCAAUGUCAAGAACGGCGCGACAAGCUAUGUCGGACUCAUCAAUCACUCCCGAACGCACAUCAGCAAUUGGAAACUUGAAGUCUGACCUUGUAAAGAUCCAACAAUUCAGUUGCUUAGACUGGGCCGAAAAGGUUAUACCAACCACAAAAUACUUGGAAACCGUACCCAAUCAUCUUGUUGUACAGAUGUCUCUUAUCUGGAAAUUAUCUGCAGCGAUAUACAUAUCCCGUCUUCUGUACAGUCUCACUCAGGACACACAGUACCUCUUACCUAUCACUGAUGAUCUAAUCACCGCUUUCAUGCCUAUACAGAACACGGUUUAUCUCAAAUUUUUAACAUGGCCUGUUGUCAUUGCCGGGUUUGCAAGCACGAUGCCUAAUCAUAGAGCAUGGACUUUAUCGACGCUGGAUAAGGUAUGGGGCUUAACACUUUGUGCAAAUGCCAGAGGUGCAGAAAUGGUUCUUCUAAAACUUUGGGAGAGGAGAGAUGCACGGAUACAUGAGGUAGGAGACGAUUAUGGGGAAAAUUGGGAUUGGCUGUGUGAUAUGUCAACUCAUGAAAACCAUUGGCUGCUUUUUUGA